AUGGAAGGGAAAAAUGAUGGUGAGAAACUUGAUGAGAUUAUGCUACCGGGGUUCAGGUUUCAUCCAACAGAUGAGGAGCUUGUUGGGUUUUACCUAAAGAGAAAGAUUCAGCAGCGACCUCUGUCUAUUGAGCUCAUCAAGCAACUAGAUAUCUAUAAGUAUGAUCCUUGGGAUCUUCCAAAGCUGGCUUCCACGGGGGAGAAAGAGUGGUAUUUCUACUGUCCCAGAGACAGAAAGUACAGGAACAGUGCAAGGCCUAAUAGGGUAACAGGAGCUGGGUUCUGGAAAGCUACUGGGACUGAUCGCCCUAUCUACUCCUCAGAGGGUUCUAAGUGUAUUGGCCUGAAGAAAUCUUUGGUGUUCUACAAAGGUAGAGCUGCCAAAGGGGUCAAAACUGAUUGGAUGAUGCAUGAGUUUAGACUACCUUCCCUCACAGACUCAUCUUCAUCCCCCAAGAAGUACAUAGACAAAACCAUUCCUGCUAAUGAAUCUUGGGCAAUUUGCAGGAUAUUCAAGAAAACCAAUGCUACAGCUCAAAGAGCUCUCUCUCAACCUUGGGUCUCUCCCUUACCUGAAACGACCACUUCUGAUCAUAUGCUAACCAAUGAUAGAGACAGUAACCAAUUUUGUCAACAAAACAUGCCAUUGACUAAGAAAACUAGCUUAACCAGCCAGUUUUGUGAUGUUGACCACAAUGACACACAAAACAUAGCCACUGGGAAUAGUGCUCCUUGUCCUCUAGAUGUUGCCUCUUAUAAUAAAUCCAUUAUUAAUCCAUUAUUGCUUUACAAGCCCUUAGAUCGGUUACCCAUUUCAAAUGGAGACCUCAGCACUGGCUUUAUAUUUUCAUCUCCUCUUGGAACAUCUUCAACUGGUGCUAAAUCUUCAAUGGAUGCUUCGUCCUUGCUAUUGAGUAUGUCAACUUCUGUGCUUGGAGAUUUUAGUACUAAGACCUCUGAGGGAACAACCACAAAUUUUGGGGGGUUACUGGAGCAUAGUAGUGGCUACCAAACACCAUUACUACGUGACAUGCAAGGGACCAUUGGCAACCAAGAUGAUAAUGUAUUGGUAAAGAUUCCUAAUGUUAAUGUGCAUCGUGUUGAUGACCAACAACAAUUGGAGACAUUACGAUCCAUUGGGUUUCCAUCUAUGCCUUUCAAUAUUGGUGAUGCAUGGAAGCCAAAUCUGCUUUGGGAUACUUCCUCUUUGUCAUUGUGA